CACACGACCAGCUGUGCAGUAAGGUUUUUUCCUAUUAUAUAUACAUAUAUAUAUAAUAUAAGGUAUAUAUAUAUAACCACUAUGGCGAAUAUCUGGGUGCGGUUUCUAGUUGGAGGCCUGGCUAUUUUGGUGGCCGUGGGCUAUAAGAACUAUCGUGACCUUUCUGCACCUGGAAAGAGGCCCGAUCUGGACAACAGUGCCUACUGGGGUCCAAAGUUAAAGGAACCCUAUCGGGAAAAUAAAGCGAUCCUGCCCUUUGAUAUCAGCGUUAAACCUGAGGUUAUUGAGGAUCUAAAGAGCCAGCUGAGUCGUCCUUCCAAGGCGCAUCCACCAUUGGAGGGUGUGGGAUUUGAGUACGGAUUCAAUGCCAAUGAAUUGGCCAAGGUUGUGAAAUACUGGAGAGAUUCCUAUCUGGCCAAGUGGAAUGAACGCGAGCAGUUCCUUAAGAAGCUGAAUCACUUCCAAACGGAGAUUCAGGGUUUGAAAAUUCACUUUAUUCACGCCAAGCCCAACCAGGUGAAAGGCCAGAAGCCCAAGAAGGUGCUCCCCCUGCUCCUUAUGCACGGAUGGCCGGGAACUGUUCGCGAGUUCUACGACUUCAUUCCACUCCUGACCACUCCAAGUGAUAAGAGCGACUACGUCUUCGAGGUGAUUGCCCCCAGUUUGCCAGGCUAUGGAUGGUCUCAGGGCUCUUCGAAAACUGGAUUCGGUGUCGCCCAAGUGGCGGUGGUAAUGCGCAACCUGAUGCUCCGCGUGGGACUCGACAAGUUCCUGGUGCAAGGCGGGGAUUGGGGCUCGAUAAUUGGUUCCAAUGUGGCCUCACUUUUCCCGGAGAACGUACUGGGCUACCACUCCAACAUGUGCGGCAACAACAGCCCCUUGGGCCAGAUUAAAUUGUUGUUGUCCUCGUUCUUCCCCAGCUUCUUUGUGGACAGCCAGCACUCGAAUUUCUACAAGGGAUUAGGACACUUGUUCGGCACCAUUCUGCAGGAAAUGGGAUAUGCUCACAUACAGGCCUCCAAACCCGACACAAUUGGAAACGCCCUAAUCGACAACCCGGUGGGAUUGGCUAGCUACAUUCUGGAGAAGUUCUCCACCUGGACGAAUCUCUCGUUUAGAUCGCUUCCCGAUGGCGGAUUGACCAAGCGAUUCACCUACGAUCAGCUUUUGGAUAAUGUGAUGAUCUACUACGUGACCAAUUCUAUAACUACUUCCAUGCGUUUAUACUCGGAAUCCAUGGUGGCUUCGCAGUUUGCUUUGAAUGUGGAUUCGCUGCCCAUUCAAGCUAAAGCAGGAUGCACACGGUUCCUGAAUGAGAUUGUACACACCUCGGACUCGGUUUUGGCCAACAAGUUCCCCAAUCUGGUGCACAGCACCCACCAUUUGGACGGCGGUCAUUUCCCUGCUUUUGAGUUGCCUCAGCAGCUCUACGACGACUUUGUUAGCUUUGUUCAAAAGGCUCAGUUGUAAUAAAAAAAUUGUUUGUUUAUUGAGUUCUGUAAAAUUCAUUGUAUAUUUUCAUUAUCUAUUUUAAAGGAACAGCCAUGUCUGUUGCCAUUAUUAAAAUAAAUCGACUUGGUGAUUGAUUUUGCCUUAUCGGCUUUGAAAACUGAAA